AUGCGUCGCAGUCAGAAGGAACAAAUCUGUUCAUCGGUUAGAGUUGACAUCGUCAAAAAAAAUUCGAGAAAUUCUGGCUGAUCAUCGCACAAGAAGAACGUGAGCCGUUGACGCGAGAGAAGCGGAAGCAUUUCCUUUUCCCACACGCAUUCAUCUUCUUCCUUCCAAUCGGAAAUCUAGUCGGGUUUCAAAUCUUGACAAAUUUCUAAUUCUUUCUUGUUCUUUCUUAUAUGAUUCAAUUUCUAAUGAUGAAAUCGAGUGUUUCUUCUUCAUUUCCUCCGAUUCUCGUUUUUAUCUUCUCAAUUUAUCUGAAUUUGUUUCUUAGUUCUGCCGUGAUGUCCGACCAAUCCGCUUCCAUUCCCGUCGUAUCCAACUUCGCUUCCCCGGCGGUGCAUAUCGUUUACACCGAGAGGCCUCACAAUGAAGAACCUGAGGCUUAUCACAUCCGAACCCUAGCUUCUGUUCUCGGCAGUGAAGAAGCUGCUAGGGAGGCUCUUGUGUAUAGUUAUAAGAAUGCUGCCAGUGGCUUCUCUGCUCGGCUUACGCCUGAACAAGUUGCGGAUAUUACCAAACAACCAGGAGUUUUACAUGUUGUCCAAAGCGGUUCUAAUAAGCUGCAUACUGGAGGAGGAGGAGGAGUAGCAAGGCUUCACUAGAAGACCAUCAAAUUCUCUCCCAGGAAUUAUCGGUUUGUUGCCUAAAUAAAGUGCUUUCUGUGUAUAUUGGCAUUACACUGAAUACUCAUAUAUGUGUGUGUAUCUAUUUACUAUAAUAUGUCUGCUUGUGUGCCUUUUGGCAAUCGACAAUGAUGAAGUGAUUGAUUUACCUUGGCUAAUUACACAAUUUGGUCCUUAAUAAAUUCCUUCCUUGAUGUAUUGGAAGAUUUCU